AUGGCGCAAACGGAGUCGACGGUCCAUGUGCGCCCAUACAACCCAGAUAUGGACUACGACGUUGUUGUUAGAGUCUUCCGCGAAACCAUAGGCGAUAACCUGCACUUCGAGCCGGCCCACACGCUCUCCACAUACGCCUGGUGCAGACCCUACCUGCUCCUAUCGCCUUCUACGUGUUUCGUACUCUCCAGCUCUUCCUCAGACGGGACAUCGUGCUCUCCCGGUGAACCCGUAGGCUUUAUUCUCGGGACGCCUAGUACCAUGACUUUCGCUCAGCGCUGGCGCAUUUCUUUUCUAGCGAGUGUGGAUAGGAUGGUGUGUCCUGAGCCUGCGAUUCCCGACGGCGAUGAGCGAGGAUGGGAUUUGAAUUGGGAUGACGAUCCGGUAGGGACAUUGCAAAGGGUGAUAUGGGGACCGGAGAGAUACCCCGCCCAUCUGCACAUCGAUAUUCUGCCCGCGUAUCAGCGAAAGGGCUGCGGAGGGCAGCUUAUGACUGUUUUCCUGCAGAAAGUUAAAGAAGAAGGUGCCUCUGGCUGCCACAUCAUUAUGCCCGCCUCAAACAUCGACGCAAGAAGAUUCUACGGUAGGCACGGCUUCCGCAUGUAUGAGAAGAGCAUGAACGACGGCGGAUCGGGUGAGCCAGGGAUACUGAAGGAUGGGUCGGUAUGUCUAGUGCGGGAGCUUUGA